ACCUCUAUUUCCAUUAUAUUUCUAUAUUAUUGCCCCUGGAACUCUGCAUGCGACUUUGCCAUAUUCUCAGAUUGAUUUCUGAUUAAUUCGUGGUUAGCAAGACAGUCAUAGGCUCGUCUGAUAAACAUAGAGUCACCCGUCUCCUUCCUUUCAUCACUCACUCACUCACCACCACGUCCACCGCCCCUGGAAUGCGACAUCUCGGGUUGCUCAGCACACGACACUGUUACCCUUCAAGCGAGGAAUGCCCGAGACACAAAGAAGCUUUAGCUGCAGAAGUGUAACUCUACAAGCCGUUGGUUCGACCAGCCCAGCAUUAUCAGCGACUCCUCGCCACGAGUCGCUAGUCUACCUUUCCUUCGACGAAUUUCAACACCUUCAAAAGGCCUGAAUAAAACCAAAAUCCUCUCGAAUACCUUACACGUGCCUCUUCUGUUUCUUUUCACGGCACGACCUCUCACUAGCCCGUUGAUACACAAUGUCGCAAUCCACCAAAUUACCAACAGAACCGGUCGUUGGGGCCACAGUUGUCAGCGAAUCCAACGGUGCACCAAGGCAAAAUAACAAUCUGCAAGCUCAAUCGCCGCAGAAUGCAUUGUUGACAACCUCACCAACAAUCACUUCAAUCCUAGAAGCUACGGCAGAAUUCGACCCUCACGUGGGCGCCAAGCCAUGCUCCCCAUUCUAUUCACACGAUGUCAACAACUCGCUCGAGUACCUCAAGAACGAAAGCACGAUAACGGCGCAAAGAUAUGGCUCAAACGACUUGGAGAGUGGUACGCCUUCUACACCGCAGAAGCGAUCGUUGGAAGUUCACGGGAGGUGUCGACCUUCAAAGCUGUGGAGACAGAAAAAGAGGAAAUGCGACUGUCUGUCGUCGCUGACCAAGAGGCAACGAUUGAUGGUCAAAAUUGCACUGGCAUUGUUUAUUGUCGGUGCUAUGAUCGGAAUCGCGAUGGGCAUCACAGUUGCAGUUGGCGGAGGAGUUUGGAAGUCGGCCAAUGUCCGUGGGCCUUUUGGGAGUCUUUUGCUUUGCUCUGAUUCUCAAGUAUACGGCGGGUUAUGA